CCUGAUCAAAAGCAAAAACACUAAUUGAGCUCUUAAAGCAAUACCCAAACUCGACUUCCAAUCGUGAACUUGCUAUCUCACGGCUGAAUCCUAUCACAAUGUCUUCCCCACGCAUUGGAAUCAUCGGUGCCGGACCUGCUGGUCUGACACUUGCUCGUCUCCUUCAAAUCAAUGGCAUUCCAUGCUUCAUUUUCGACCUCGAGCAAGAUCGGUAUGCUCGUGACCAAGGCGGUUGCCUUGAUCUCCAUGAAGGGGCUGCUCAACGCGCUCUGCGAGAAUGCGGUCUUUACGAUCAGUUCUUGGCUGUAGCCCGCACUGAGGGCGAAGUCCUCAAGAUCUACGAGCCGAAUGGAACAAUCCUCCUUGACGAGGGUUCCGGCUAUGGGGAGCGCCGUCCCGACUCCUUCAACGGCCGUCCAGAGGUUGAUCGCCAACAACUCAAAGACAUGCUCAUAGACUCUCUCGCACCUGGAACCCUCAAAUAUGGUCACAAACUCUUCGCCGUGAAGACAAGCGUAGGAGGAACCAGCCAGAAGUACGACUUGCAUUUCGAGCACAGCGUCGAAAUUGGCUUUGAUCUUGUUGUUGGUGCGGAUGGUGCGUGGUCCAAGGUUCGACAUCUGCUCACCGACCAGAGGCCCGUUUACUCUGGCAUCAAUGGUGUCGACGCUAAACUCUGCAGCAUCGACAACGUUGAUCUGGCGCUAAGCAGGCGCGUCGGACAAGGCAUGUGUCUGACGCUCGGAUCCAAUACUACAGUUUUGUCGCAGCGCAACGGAGACGGCUGUGUUCGAUCAUACGGAUUCAUGAGAUUACCAGAAGACUGGCAGACGACCUGUGGCAUUGACUGGUCCUCGCAUGAGACUGCGAAGAAGGAGUUCAUUGAAAAGUAUUACGAUGGCUUCAACGAUGAUGCGAAAAACCUGAUCCUCUUGGCCGAUGAGAUGGCGCCAAGGCCAAUGUAUAUGUUGCCGCUCGGUCACCGAUGGGCCCACCGGCAAGGAUUGACUUUGAUCGGGGAUGCUGCUCAUCUCAUGACUCCUUUCGCUGGUGUCGGUGUCAACGUUGCCAUGGAAGACGCUCUCUCCCUAGGCCUCAAGCUAAAGCAGUGGAAGAGGGAGGUUUGGGAUCAGUCCCCAGAGCAAGGCGUGUCAACUAUCAUUCAGCCAACUAGUGCUUAUGAGCAGGAAAUGUUUGCCAGGGCUGAGGCUUACGGAAAGGAAACAUGGAUGUACCUAAACCUCUUCUUCCAUGAGAAGGGUGGACGACCAAUGCUUGAGCAUUUCGCUAAGGCAAAGGAGCAGGAGCGGGAACAAGCACAGAAGCAGGUGGAAGAGCAAACUAAGAAAUUGGUCAAGACGGAAGCAUUAACACAAGAGGAGGAGCCAUGCUUGACUCAGGUAACGCUGGUUGAGUCCAAAGAGGAGGCUAUCGCGCAGUAG